CCUGUGUGUUCAACGGUGGACGCUUGCGCCGUGUCGCUCCCCCGUGAAAGUACGGUUCUUUCACUCGCGAGCUUGCUAUAAACUUUUCCUUUCCUCACGAACGUCGUCGUCACGCGCGCGCGCUCCGUGCAAGUGUCGUUCUCGUGUCCGCGGGCCAUCGCGUCCUUCGUCGUCUACGCGCCACCUGCCACUGUCCGCGACAAUAAGGCGAAUUGUUAGACACCGGUGACCGCUUUGGCGAGCAGCAGCGCGUGAUCAGAAUCCCUCGUCGUCUUCGCUACUUCAUGCAACAAUAUGAGUGACUACUCAGCGGUCGCGCCGCCUCAAAAUUACAGCCAGAGCACCGCGUUCGCGGCGGCACUCCAGCGUGCUAAACAGAUUGCUGCAAAGAUAAAUCCUGCUGGUGCACAAAAUAAUCAAGAUUCUAAGUUAAAACGUCCACUUGAAGAUAGUUCAGAACCUGAAGCAAAGAAAAUGGCAUCGUUAGUAGCAGAUCCUCUAAUAGGUAUUCGUGGAGGACCCGCAGGCAAUUCCAUUGGAGAUUCAGGUGGUCAAGGAGCCAGACCAUCAGUUUCUUCCAAUUUAGGUGGUAUAUGCAAUGAAGAUAUUAGAGUUCCAGAUAAAAUGGUUGGUUUAAUAAUUGGCAGAGGUGGAGAACAGAUAACCAGAUUGCAAAGCGAAACAGGAUGUAAAAUACAAAUGGCACCGGAAAGUGGGCUGCCUGAGCGUGUUUGCACGCUAACUGGUUCACGAGAAGCUGUCAAUCGCGCGAAAGAGCUUGUAUUAUCAAUAGUGAAUCAAAGAAGCAGAAGUGAAGGAAUCGGCGAUAUGAAUAUGAGUGGCAGUAGUGGUGGAAUGAUGGGACAUCCAGGAUUUGUCGAAAUAAUGAUUCCAGGUCCUAAAGUUGGUCUGAUAAUUGGUAAAGGUGGAGAGACCAUAAAGCAACUUCAGGAGAAGUCUGGAGCUAAAAUGGUUGUUAUUCAAGAAGGGCCAUCUCAGGAACAAGAAAAGCCUUUAAGAAUAACAGGAGAUCCUCAAAAAGUUGAAUAUGCAAAACAGUUGGUUUACGAAUUAAUAGCAGAAAAAGAAAUGCAAAUGUUUCAUAGAGGAGGGAGAACCAAUGAUAGAACAGGAGGAAAUUAUUCUAAUGACACCAAUUUCAAUCAUGGUUCUGCAAAUGCCGAUGGAGUAGAGGUACUAGUUCCAAGAGCCGCAGUUGGUGUUGUUAUCGGUAAAGGUGGAGAUAUGAUAAAAAAAAUACAAGCAGAAAGUGGAGCUAAGGUUCAAUUCCAACAAGGACGAGAAGAUGGCCCUGGUGAUAGAAAAUGUUUAUUGUCAGGAAAACAUCAAGCUGUUGAACAAGCUCGUCAACGAAUUCAAGAAUUAAUUGACAGUGUCAUGAAAAUGUGUAUUUGGACAUGUGGCGAGACUAUUAAACAGAUCAAUCAACAGACAGGAGCGCACUGUGAAUUGGAUAGACGAAAUCAAAGUAAUGAAAAUGAGAAGAUUUUCAUUAUUCGGGGAAAUCCUGAACAAGUUGAACAUGCAAAGAGAAUAUUUAGUGAAAAAUUAGGCAUGGGUCCAGCGGGUUCUUCAUAUGCUGGAGUACAAGGUGCAGUUGGAUAUAAUCCAAGUUGGAAUACAGGGUAUCAAGCUUGGCCAAGUCAACCACAAUCCAAUGAUGGAAGCAAUGCUAAUCAAGCUCCUGUACAAGUCAAUCCGCAGACUGGUCAGCCAGACUAUAGUGCUCAAUGGGCGGAGUAUUAUCGAUCAUUGGGUAUGCACAGAGAAGCAGAUAUGAUCGAACAACAAGCGAAACAAGGAAAGCAAGAUCACAAUCAGCAAGGAGGUAAUACACAAAAUCAGUCUAACCCAGCGACAACAGGUUCUGCUGGACCGAACCAGCAGCAGCAGCAGCAGCAACAGCAGCAGCAGCAACAGCAGCAGCAGACGCAGCAACAACAAACGGGUGCUGCACAAAAUGGUGGUCAAGCUGAUUACAGUGUACAAUGGGCAGAAUAUUACAGAAGUAUUGGUAAAAUAAAAGAAGCUGAAGCGAUAGAAGCUCAAAUGAAGGCGGGCAAGCUUGGAAUGCAAGGGAAUCAAAUGGCCCAGCAACAAAUGCAGACUCUUCAAGGACAAUCAGCUGGCCCACCAGGUACGACGCCCAAUGCGUUCCCUCAAGCUUAUGGAAGUUAUCCGACAAUGAAUGCAAGCACCGCACCAGCUGGUUAUUAUGCGGCGAAUGCCGGAUCUAAUUCUCAACCACAGACAGGACAACAAAAUCCUUCUUUCCCAACAGGCUAUCAGAAUUACCCUUACUCACAGUCCACUUCUGAGAAUUGAACUUCCAUUUGAGAGAAAGGCAAGCUAUAGUUUUCAGAUAGCUUUCCAUCGGGAUGCGGUUAAUGCCUGCUAUAUCUCCAUAUAACUUUUAUCAUAAAUAGUUGACUGCUUCAUAAUCUUCAUAUAUCUUUGAGAAUGUCAUGAAAAUCGAUUAUAUUCUGUUUAUACUAUAAAAACGUUUUGUUUUUUAUAUAUAUAUAUAUACAUAUAUAUGUAGGAUACUCAUCGUUUUUAAGUUUAAGUAACAAAAAGUAUCAAACAAGAGAAGUUUGAUUGAAAUUAAUAUUAUAACAUAAUAUCCAAUAUGAUGUCUGUGUUCUACUUAUACUAUUGUAUGUUAUUUUUGUUCCAUAACAUGUAUUAUUGUAAUAUAAGUUGUGAAGCUGGCAGGUGAAGCAGCGGGUCAGAAAAUGGAACGA